AUGGGAAACAACAACGCAACAGCUAUUUUAACAGAAGAAGAGAGCUUAAAGCUAGAAACCAAUGGAAUGUCACCUUUGAAGUCUGUUUCCGUGGAGACCACGCGAGAUCAGGUGUUUCUUGCAUGUGAAGGAAAAGAUGGAGAUGAAGAGAAAGAGAGCGUGCAUGAUGGUGUUACAGGUAAAGAGACUCAAGAAACAGAACCACAAAGCAAGGAAGUAGUAGAAAAUCCGCAAGUGAAAGAGAUCCAAGAAGAGAUGCAUCAUCAUAGUGUCAUGGAGAGCUUGGUAAUGGAAACCGAUGAGAAGCUUCAGAAACAGGCAUCAGAUGCAGAAGGUGUUGAAACUGUGUGUGAAGUGAUAGAUGUCGAAGAGUUAACUUCGGUUGGAUCUCAAAGUGUUGUGAGCAAAUUGAUCACGACAGAUUCUGGUGAUGAAGAGAAGCUCUGUGUGAUCGAUGAGAUUGUCCUUGUAUCUCCACGUUUCAAUGGAAGUGUUAGAACAGAGGAGGAGAAGAUGAUCAGUGAGUCUCCGGAAGAAGUUGUUCUUGUAGAGGAAGAUGCAAAGCUUGAUCAAGAGAUUGGUGUGGAACAGAGAGCAGAGUUUCUGGAGAUCGAGCCACAUGAGAUUCUGAAUCUGGACUAUGGCGUUGUUGAUGAUGAUGAUGAAGUUAUAACUGAAAGAAAAGCUGAUCCGGAAAUCUCUAAACCUGUUUCUCAAGAAUCAAACGUGAUUCAAGAGACUAGUCCUGAAGUUAAUAAGGAAGAGAAGGACUUGGAGUUAGGAAGAAAGGCGAGUCUGAAACGCAUGUCCCGAUGCAGAUCGCUCCCAGUGAGCCAAAAUAGAAGAGUUAUGGGAGACUCUCUGGUUCAACAGCUGGUUUCAGGGGUUGUGUUUCCUUCCAGUAACAAGAUGGGUUUAGAGAAAGCUAACAAGUCUGGGACACUGCUUGUUUCUUGCGUGGGAAGCAAUAAAGCGCAAGAAACUACUGAAGCGAUAACUGAUAGCGAUAAAGAAGCUAGACUUGAGAUGCGAUCUCCUAGCUUUCGUAUUGAUCUAAGAGACGAAGAAAGAAGCGGGGAAUUGAUCGAGAAAACUCCGUCACUCUGUCAGGACAAGACUGAGACGUACGAGGCAGCAAUCGAUGUGGAAGAGAAAACUGUGAUGCUGAAGAGAAGUGAGACUGAGGAAACAAGAGGCGUUGAGUUGUCUAUAGGGCUGUCGAUGAAACACAACGAGAGCUCUGAAGCAGAUAAUAGCUUCAAUGAAACUAAGAGCUUACGAGAUAACUUUCUGGACAAGAAAGCUAACACGGUUGAGACUCCGCUUGUUUCUUGCGUAGGAAGCAACAUAACAAAAGAAACUACUGAAGCGAGAACUGAAAGCCAUAAAGAGAUGCUGUCUCCUAGCUUUGGUCAUAACCUGAGAAUCGAAGAGAAAAGCGAUGAAUCGACGGAGAAAACUCCGUUACUCUGUCAGGACAAGACUGAGACGUACGAGGCAAAUGUGGAGGAGAAAACUGUGAUGCUGAAGAGAAGUGAGACUGAGAAAACAAGAGGCUUUGAGCUGUCUCUAGGGUUGUCGAUGAAUCCUACUGAGAGAUCUGAAGCAGGGGAAAGCUUUAAAGAAUCUAAGGGCUCAGAGGAUAACUUGCUGGACAAGAAAGCUACAUUGGGUUCUAUGAAAGGCAGAGCCAGAAAACGGAGCAAAUCUUCGAUCUUGGGAACAUGUCUUUGUUGCGCCACCGUUAUGAAUUGA